CUGUAGCAAUAUUAUGGCCGGAUUUACCUGCGCGUUACCGGAGACCUUACCCAUUUAAAGCUGAUUUAAAGCGCAUUAUCACACUAUUGUACACAUGUGGUACGGUUGGUAGCUGUAUUACGACCAGGGUUCAGUCAUUCAGGAAGCCGAGGCUCAUCUCUCAGCUGCUGAUGGAGCACAUCCGACUACCAAAGGUGGAGAGUGUCAGGCUGCUCGACAGAGUCUCCCCCAGAAGAAGCAGGGUGGGCACCCUCUACCUGACAGCCACACACACCAUCUUUGUGGAGAACGAGGCUGGAGUGCGCAAUGAAACAUGGGUGCUUCACAGUUUGGUGUUUAGUGUGGAGAAACAAGGCGCCUCCGCCUCAGGAUGUCCUCUAAUCAUUCACUGCAAGAACUUCCAGGUUCUUCAUUUCGUCCUACCUCGAGAGCGGGAGUGCCAUGAUGUUCAGUUGUCACUACAGCGUCUCUCCCAGCCAGAGAGUUACGAGGAGCUGUAUUGCUUCUCCUAUAAGCCUAACGUUGAUGAGGAGGAGAGACGGCAGGAAUGGGACUUCUUGGGCCUCAAGGCUGAUUACAGCAGAAUGGGACUCCCAAACUCCCUGUGGAAACUCUCUCCAGUCAACCGACACUACAAGGUGAGUGACACUUACCCAGCUGACCUGUUUGUACCCGAGUCUGCCACACCCCCGGUCAUAGUGGGAAGCUCCAAGUUCAGAAGCAGAGGCAGAUUUCCUACUCUGUCAUACUACUCCAAAGAAAAUCAUGCUGCCAUCUGCCGUAGCAGCCAGCCGCUGUCAGGUUUCAGUGCUCGCUGCCUGGAGGAUGAACAGAUGCUGGAGGCCAUCUUGAGGUCCAAUCCCCGCAGCGACUUCAUGUAUGUGGUGGACACCAGGCCUAAGCUGAAUGCAAUCGCAAACCGAGCUGCAGGAAAAGGCUACGAAAACGAAGACAACUACUCCAACAUUAAAUUCCAGUUCCUCGGUAUCGAGAACAUCCACGUUAUGAGAAACAGCCAACAAAAAAUGCUUGAAGUGUGUGAGCUUCGUUCCCCCUCCAUGUCCAACUUCCUGGAAGGUCUGGAGAGCUCAGGCUGGCUGAAGCACAUCAAAGCUGUUUUGGAUGCAGGCAUCUUCAUCGCCAAGGCUGUUGCAGAGGAGGGAGUCAGUGUCCUGGUUCACUGUUCGGACGGUUGGGACCGCACUGCCCAGGUGUGUUCAGUGGCCUGUGUGCUGCUGGAUCCUUACUACAGGACCCUCAGAGGACUCAUGGUUCUCAUUGAGAAGGACUGGAUCUCAUUUGGACACAAGUUCUCUCACAGAUGCAACCACCUGGUUGGAGACCCUAAAGAGGUAUCUCCCAUCAUCGACCAGUUCCUGGAGUGCGUGUGGCAGCUUAUGGAGCAGUUCCCCUGUGCCUUUGAGUUCAACGAGAGGUUCCUCAUCACCAUUCACAGCCACAUCUACUCCUGCCAGUAUGGCAACUUCAUUGGCAACAACCAGCGGGAGAGGAUAGAGCUAGGAUUGCGUGAGAGGACUCACUCUUUGUGGAGUUAUCUUUGGACGAACCAGGCAGACUACAUCAACCCUCUGUACCGACCAGACCACAGCCAGACACAGGGGCUCCUCCGGCCAUCUACCGCCCCCUACUGCUUUAAGUUUUGGAGAGGGCUGUACAACCGCUUUGACCGAGGGAUGCAUCCUCGACAGUCUGUGGAGGAUUACCUGAGUGCCAUCCAAGAGGAGACGCAGCAGCUCGAGGAGCAACUUGCUUCACACAAGCAGAAAAUUGCUCAACUGGAGCAGGAGCAAGGGUGGAGGAGUGUCACCCAGAAAGCAGCCGUCUUUGAUAAGAGCCCUACAGCGUGGGCUCGCGGUGACGAUCUCAGUCUGGCCAACACCCCUCAGGACUACACCGGGGGCUUCCUCACCAGCAGCCCCUGUCAGCCCAAAACGCCAGACAGCAGCCUGAUCCUCUUACCCAAGGACUUGAACCAAACAUCUGAAUCCAACCUCUCCAACGGCAGCGACCAGGAGUCGGGGAUUGCAGACCUGAGCUGCCGUUCGCCCCUCAGCGAGGACAGCACCAGGGAUCCAGACUCCGAUGAGGCUGCCUACUCAGCUGCCUGAGCAAGUGUAGCAUUUGGUGGAAGGUGCCGCACCGACCAGCCUUCCAUGGGGCCACUGAACAAAUACUUCCUUUUACAUUCACCAAGUAACCCCAACUAUUGGCUAACUUCAGUGAAAAGUCUUAUUCAGGGUUACACAAUUGACUUGUACUUUUGUUUGCAUGUAGUGUGGCAGAUUCUCCCUGUUGCCACAUACAUACUAGUAGCUGUUCACUGUAGCUGACCACAUUUUACUCCUUACCCCGCUAAAAGAAAUUUAAGAUAAUAAAAGUAAGCAGAUUAUUGUCUGUUGAUGGCAGAAUGAAACCAUAAGAGUGUACACAGAGUUUACACAUAGUUAAAUGCUUCCAGGGAGACACAGAGAUAUAAAGAAAGUGUCGUCUCGUAAAAUUAACGAUGAGCAAUUUAGCUGUGUAUGCUUGCUUUUUACUAUUGUCUUCCAUGUACUUAGUUUAUUAAUUAGGCAUUUGGCUUUAUAAUGUGAACACCAAGGACUUGAAAUAGUCAGCAGCACUUUGAUAUUGCAUUUAUUAAGCAACAUGAAACAAUAACAGAGCUCCAAAGAGACAAAACCAUUAUUUUAGGUGCAUUGAUAUUAAAGACUGUUAAUUAUUUAACAAAUUGGAACAGAAUUAAACAGAUCAAAUAAUGACAACAAAUAGAAAAACAGCACAUUGAAGCUCAUCAAGGAUAUGUCAAAUGUGUACAGAUUAUAGGCUGUCGACACGUGCUGCUAAAUGUAAUUCAGAAUGACUCAUCUUUGUAGCAGUGUUAGCAAACAUUUAUCUCUGCAAGUCCUUUUUCCAUAAAGUAUUUUGGUUGUUUUGUCUAAUAUCUGUUUUUAAAUGCUGUCGCACCUCAUGGUCGCUGCUACUCGGAGGCAGUCUGGAUUCAAGAUUUCAGUCUGGCCUGGAAAGAGCAGCAGUAAUCCUGUGAUUCAAAUGGAAAUGUAGCAGUGUUUUGUACCCCUAAGGACAUGUUGUGACUGUACUAGACUCCCUCAGAACGCCACAGUGACCUCAGCUGGGUGUUUGGAGUCAUUACACUACAAUAACCAGUGAUUUAAAUGUGGUUGGCACCUGUAUUUUAACUGCAUACACAAUAUCAUGGGAUAUUUCCACUGCAAGAUGUGAAUAAUAAGCGUUCACAAGGAAACCGUAUACAUUUCUGUCCAUAAUAUUUCAAUCCAAAGUUCUUUUACAAAAGGGAAUCUGCUGUCCGCUGGUAUAAAGUGCACAGAGUAAAUAAUAUGGCUACUGAGCACUGAACCAGCAGAGGGGAACAUGUGAAAACAAAUAUACCGACUGAUCUUACAGGAUAUCGGAGUAUUUGUGCCACCUUGACUAUAAAAUUAAAACUGCUGACUUUAAUAGUGUAGUACACAUUAGGCGCACUCCAAUACCGCAACUGGACAAUGCAGAGUUAUCGAGAAAAGCAUGUUAACAUAUUUUUGUACUAUGACUUCUUUAUUUUUUUUUUUUUUUGGACUGCUUUAAUGCAUGUUUUUACUUGUGUCCAGUCAUAAUGAAUUCAGAUCUUGUAUGAAAGAAAGAGCUUUGUUUGUUCAGGUGGAAUAAGAGCCAAAUUUGUCAAACUGCAAAGUUGUGUAAUUUGUGUUUUCUUUUGAAAUAAAUAAAUU